GCGGUAACCCGGAUGUACACAAAACCACGUGACGGCUCAUCGCACGUGUGGAAGAGCGAGAAAGAUCGUUAUCCAAAAUUAUCAGUUUUUACAAACAUGUUUGCUGAAGAAGAAUGGGCCGAGCCUCUAAUACCAGAUGUAUCAUCUCACACCGUUAGCAAGUCUCCUGCCUCCAGAAAGAAUAAGGUUGUGGGUAAACGAAGCCUUUUGAGAACCUUGCAAACGCUGGGUUCAGUUCCAGACUGGGGAGCCGGGGAUGCUGUAGAGGAUAGCGACGAAGAGAAGGACGCCUCCGCUACAGUCAAACCAGAAAAAAAGAAAAGGUUGAAAAAGCGUAAAAGAAAGUCUAACGCUGAAAACGAAGGAACGCAGCAGGAUAAAGGGGACACAUCUGAACCGCCUGUGAAAAAGAAGAAGCAGCCAAAAAAGAAGACCGUUGAAGAAAAGAAUUCUAAAGCGUCACGAGAGUCCAGAAAAUAUGAGAUUGGCAAAGGAGACGGACCUCAGCUGGAGAAAAAUGAAAGUCAAGCAGAAAACAAGCUAAGCAGAAAGCAGUGGAAGAACAAGAUGAAAAACAAAAGAAAGAGCAAGAACAAAUAUCUUCCCAAAACGACAGGCGUAGAGGAUUCCAGUGCAAAGGAGGAACCGUUAGUUCAAACACAGGAUAUCAAAGAGCUUAAGAAGGUGAAGAAACAUGACAAGGCGUCCCAAAAAACGAAGAAAUCCCAUAAAAAGAAUGGUGUUUCCUUCACGGACGGUGCUCAAAAUUGCGAAAACUUUAAAACAGAUCAAAUGCCCAGCACAGGAGCUGGAGAAGUAGAAGUAGAUGAAUCCCUGAGUAAUAAUGCAGUCUCGCAUAAAGUGGACGAUAAAGUGAAACAUACGAAAGUGAUGAAUAGAUCACGGGUAGAAAGGUUGCGCCACAUUUUUAAGUCGCAGCUUCCCGAUGACGGCGAUAAAGCCUCGGAGGAACCAGAAGAGCUCAAAGAUGCAACAAUAAGUCUGAAGGGUCAUGAAGAGCGAGUGGCUCCUGACCCCUCGGCUGCUUUAAGGACGAAGAUGGAGAAGCGGUUAGAAGCCGCUCGAUUCCGCUACAUCAAUGAGCAGCUUUACACGUCGACCAGCGGCGAGGCCAAGCGCAUGUUUCAGCAGGACCCAGAGGCCAUUGCAAUUUACCACAAGGGCUACAUGGCACAAGUUCAGCACUGGCCCACAAACCCUGUGGAUUCAAUCAUUUCCUAUAUCUGUAAAAAACCAACUUCUUUAGUAGUUGCUGACUUCGGCUGUGGAGACUGUAAAAUAGCUCGGAGUGUAAAGAAUAAAGUGCAUUCUUUUGAUUUGGCUCCGGUUUGUGAUCUCGCCACCGCAUGCGACAUGGCAAAAGUGCCGCUUCGUGACUCUACUGUAAAUAUUGCUGUUUUCUGUCUUUCUUUGAUGGGGACAAAUCUGGGAGACUUUUUGGCAGAAGCUAACAGAGUCCUGGUGAUGGGGGGCGUUCUUAAAAUUGCUGAAGUGGCCAGCAGGUUUGAAAAUGUGCGUUCGUUCAUUAGUGCGUUGUCAAGUCUGGGCUUCAAGUUAGUACAAAAGGACACAGAAAACAGCCACUUUUUCACCUUUGAAUUCAUAAAGACUGGAAAAGCACCUGGGAACGUGAAGAAAGUCGGUCUUCAGCUUAAACCUUGUCUGUACAAGAAACGAUAAAUGUACAUAAAGUGAAUAUUUUGCUACUUUAUGUAUGGACUGUGCAUGACGUUUUAUGAGCAAGUCAAAUCUCUUCUUAACGUUGGUUUGUAUGUUUUGUAAAUGAGUGUGUCAGGAAAGUACAUUUUAUUAUUUGUGAAAACUGUAUUUGUCAUUUACUGUCUUAUGUUUAAAUACUAGUUUUUACCUGAUAAACACAAAGACUCAAAGUGUUAAA